UAGUAAUAUUUUUGAUAUUAUAGACUAAAAUGAUAGUUAAAGUUGAAACGAAAAGUUUUAAAAAUAAGAUGAGAGAAUAUAGAUAAUCAAAAGUAACUGAACAGACCGCAGUGUUCAAGGAGAGGAAGCCUAAGUCACAAUCGCCGCAAACGUACAAGUGACAUAAAGGAGUUGCAAUGGCAGGUAAACAAAGCAGAAAAAAUCCCAAAUUUACCAUAGAAGACGCCUUUGAAGAGGAUGCUGACGAUGCCAUCCGACUCUACGGUGCCACGAAUGAGCGCUCGCCCUUCAAACCUAAAGAUCGUGACGGAAUAAUGGGCGUGGAUGAUGUUUCCGUGAAUAUGGAUGACAGUGUUCUUGGAAGCAAAGGCUUUCUCACGGUGCCUGAUGUGGAUGCAAUUUCACGUGACAGUGAUUCUCUGAUACCGGGUGAUUCAAGCAGCUUCUCAGAAUCUCCAAGAUGGUGGUUCCUCCACCCUAAGGUUCGGGAAAAGUGGACUCUUGUGGCUGGAGCCUUCACUCUCCUCAUCUUGGGACUAACCCUCCUUGUGACUGGCGUUGUUGUUCAAGUCAUACCUAUUGAAGGAGUCUCAGGUAUUGUAUUCAUCAUUACCGGCCUUAUAUGCUUCAUUCCCGGGGCGUACCACAUUGUCUACGUCAUUUUUGCUGUUUCGGGUAGGCGUGGCUAUGACUUCUACAAUCUUCCGCUAUUCAACUGAUACAGUCUCCGGGAAGAGUACUAAGGUUAACCAAAAAUGGAAAGGAAAUGUAAUAUUGUGCAUGCAGUGAUUAUAUAAGGGAAUUCUUGUAUGAUUUCAGUUUUGUAUUAGUUCAAGAAGUCAGAGGGAGAUCAGAUUGUCUGAGAUAACUAUAUACAUAUAAUCACCACAUGAUCUCUCUUUUUUGUCGGUAAAUCUCUGAAAAAUGUGUUUUUUGCCCAAAGUGAAUCUCAGUAUUUAGAUAAAUCACUUCUUGGUGAUAGUAUCCCAGUAACCAACUAUUACUUAAUCUCAGUGAAAUAUUUUCCUCAAAACCUUUGUGCCAAUGACAUAGAUUCAAGGAAAAUUUUUGGAGAAUGACUUAAUAGGCAUUGUAAUGAAAAGGGCAUUUUAUAUAGGCAGAAAUACCAUAUAGGAAGAUAAAAUGUUUGUAACUGUAUAUAACCAUGUUUCUGUACUUUUGUAGUUUCUGUAUCAUGAAUUCAUGAUUGAUGUAGUGUAAUGUUAAUGAAGGCAUCUGUUUUGGCAGUGGCCAGUGAUUCUCAGUAUUCUCUUGCCAUUCCCCUUUUUUGAAUUUUCAUCAUAGAAUGAGUACCGGUACUUAUUGUUAUUAAUAUUUUUUUUAUAUGAAAAGUAAAUACUAAACUUGGAUCACUGGAGUCUCUGGCUAGUCUCUCACUUUUAAUUGAUCAUAUAUGAUUAGUUUCUGGAUUGCAGAAAAUGUAGUGCUGCAGGAGCACAGCAGCAUUUGUUAUGUGUGCAAAUAGGAAGAGUGGAUUUAUAUAAGAUUAUUAUAUAGUUAUAUUAUAUUCUUGAGUCCUGGUAGUGUUGCCAAGUAUUCAGAAGAUGAUGUUGGACAUGACAGAUUGCAAAAGUAAGUGUGAAACAGCCAUAUAUGCUGUCUUAUUAGUAGUUCAUUUUUUAAUGUUAGGUUUAAGCUUGUGUCCCUCUUUAUCUUUCUUUCAUUUUUCCCUUAUUUUAAAGGAAUCCUAACAUUUUUGUCUUUUCAUUGGUAUUCAGUAUCCAAAUGGUCCUGAUAUGUCUUCAUGAGGAUCAUACAAUGGAAGGGAAAGGAAGGACUUGGUGAUUAAAAAAAGGGUUAGCUAACUUCUAAUGAGUAGUGUGGCUGAUGAUACAUGAAUAUUUCUAGUACUAGUCAUUUGAGAUUUUUUGCCACUAUGCAUGGGCCAGUGUGUUCAAAACAUGUAUACUGUAUGUAUAUGUAAGUCAGCAUCUUCAUAUGCUGUUUAAUAUAAUUUUGUUUGUCGCUCAUUGGCUGGUGCCACUUAAGGUUUAAAUGUUCCAAAUCUGUGAUUUCAUAUGAAUUGUGUUUGAAAUUAGCUAGGUAAUUGAGUUCAUUUUCAUGUUUUUGUUUUAAAAGAAGAAAAAUAUUUUUUCCCCAAGGAAAGACAGAAAGAAGAAAGAAAUGAUGGAAAACUUUCUUUUCUCUCUUCCUGUUAAAAUUUGUAAAUAUAAUUUUACCUCUCUCUUUGAAAAGCACAAUAUAUAUGAAUAUUGAAAAUGCAACCAAUCAUAUUUUGUAUAUGUAUCAAUGUAAACAUUUAUAAUAAACCCACUGUAUUUAUUAGCACUAACCACAAUGAAAAGGUAGAGACAUUUUCUCUAUGACUAAGGAUUUUUUCACAUUACAGUGGACAGCACUUGCCAAACUUGCAUGAGUUCCUGACUCAUUUCUACUUAAUCUAUGCUCAAAGUACGAUAAAGGGACCGUAGAUGGUAGUGGGUGUCUUCAAAAGUAGUUUGUUUAUACCAGCGUCUGAACUUUUGUAAGCAAAGAGUGUCAUAUCUGCGGCUUGUGUUUGUACUAAACUAUCGCCAUGUGCCAUAUGAUGAGAAAGAGCAGAGGGUGCCAUAGUAUAUAGGUGAAAUAGGGAUUGAUGUGUUUGCUUUUCUCUUCUCAGUCCACUCUCUAAGGUUGCUUGAGAAAGGGUUGUUUGAGGCUUAGGUCUCAAAAAUUAGUUUGGAUGUUAUGUGUGUAAGCGUGUUUUUAUUCUAUAUUGUGCAGAGAGCUCUGAAUACUGUUUUUCAUUAUUAUUAUUAGUCAGUAUUAGUAGUAUUGCUUUAUAUACAUCAUUGUGUUUGCUUUAUUUUUUUAAUUUUUAUUUUUUUUUUUUUUUUUUACAAUUGUUCUAAGAUAAUGAGGAAAGUGAUUAUAUUUAUUCAUUUGUUUUGAAAAUAAAUGAAGUUAACGGUACAGAACCAAAAUAACUUGACUUAUAUUUAAGCUUCUGCUAGUUUUCUUAUGUUUUCUUUCUUUCCUUUUCGUAAGAUCAUUAAGUGUUGGCAGUAAUAACAUAUGUAAAAGAAUAGAAUGAAAAAGAUAUUACUAGAUUUGUUCUUGGAAACUUUUUCAUAGCCUCUUUGAAGUUCAAAGAAAUAAUGACACUGAUGGUAUUAAAUUUUGGUGCCUUAAUGAGAUUACUGCUUGUUUUGUUUGUAUACUUUUUCUUCAUGUUUUUUUUUUUUAACAAAAAAGGAAAAGGAAAUAUGAUUCAAAGCCUUUAGGGUAUAAUGUCUUUUAGGUAUUUUGUAUAUCUUCUAGAAAGGCAUAUCUGGGGCAAACAAAAUCAUGUGUUACUUUUUUGUUCCCACAACUUUUGUCUGUCCGUGGUAAUUAACCCUUUGAGGAAGCUCCAAAGAAGAAUAGUUGGCUAGAAAUGGAAAAGGAACCAUUUGUUUUACAUCAGAGUGAGUGAGUGAAAUCUGACAAGAAAUAUGUCAGCCACAUUUCCUUAAAGGGUUGAUGUCACUUUUAAUUGUUUACAUUAGUGCUUGCACAUACUCUCCCAAAAGUUUAUAUUCAUGGAACUGAAACAUUUAGUAAAGAUUCCUUGGUAGAGAAGUAUUAUGGUUUGGCAAAUACUUCAUAUGAUAUGAAUGUAAAAUUAGAUGUUGAAUUUUUAAAGAAUGGCUCUGCAUUAUUAUGCUUAUCUUUGUUUUUAGUUUUUUAAUUUUGUAAUGUGCCCCUGGAAUGUGUGCAGAGAAUUCCUUUAUUUAUUUAUUUACUUAAUUUUUUAUGUUUGUGUGUUUUGCAAGACUUUUACUAUGUACUUUUAAAGUUACUUUUUUCUCUUUUCAUUUUCAUAGCAUUUUGUUUCUGCUACAAUGAAUUGCAAGAUAUGAAGAUUCAGAUUGAAAUGAAGCAUACAUCUCAUUGAUUUUGCAAACAUAUAUGAGCAUAUAUUAUAUGCUUAUUUGAAACUUGCAUCAUGCAUUUUCAGUUUAACAUCUCCUAUCCAACAUUGCAAGCAUCAUUCUAUUUAUUUUUGAAGGGAAUAUAUCAUAUAACCUCAUUUAUGUAAAUUAACCUUGUAUCAUAUACCCCAAGUGUUUUUCAUUAACAUUAAGUUGGUUCUCUUGGAUGUAUGGUAUUUUUGCUAGGGUAAUAACUUCAGUCUAGUUGCUAAUCUAAGCUAGGUAAAGAGCUUGGUAGGAGUAGUAAAAGGGGAUGAAUAUAAAAAUAUAUUUCUAUGAAAAUAAAAUUUUAAGUAUAAGAUUUGCUUCCAUUGAUGAUCAAGACACUAAAUGUCUUUUCUUUUUUUUUGUUCACCAUGUAACUAACUGUACAAAGUUGUGCCAGAAGUGAGUGAACGUCAGUCCCGUGAUAUUUUGAAAGAGCUUAAUUUUCGGGCUGUGAUUCUUUUUCUUUUUAUUAAUUUUUUUAUUUAAACAUUACCCAAUGAUGCCUGUAAGGCAUGCAUACACGUCCACUGUAAUUUUAGUUUAUUGAAUUUCUGUGCCCAUAGGUCGCUCUAGUAGUUACUGAGGAGGCUUACCUGGUUGGACCUGUUUACCCUGUUACAUGAAUUUUCAGAAAGAAAAUUAUAUAUAUUAUUAUUACCAUUAAUAUUGUUGAUAAUAUUAUGAUGAUAAUGAUGUUGAUGAUAAUGAUAAUGAUAAGAAUAACUGUACUGACAAUAAUAGUAUUUAUGAUAGUGUUGGAAUGAAUCUUUCAAUAGCAUGGGGAAUGGGGUAAAGGGGUAAGAUCAGGUAAGCCCCGUCAUUGACUCCUUGGUGACUAGGCACUUACAGAGCCAUCAGUAUGUAAACAGAACUGACAAAGCAAAACUACAGUGGACAGUUCAUAUACCUGGCACCAGUAAAUUUUAGAGUUAGCAUUGGAAGCAAUUGCCAAGUGUCAUGCACACUUCAGAAAGAGAAUCAACCAGAAGGUAGUUGAAGAAAGAAAGAGGGAGUUUGAUUUUCACUGUAGAUGUGAGUUUUGGCAUUAUUUUGUAGUCUUGUCUUGAAAGAGAGAGAGAGAGAGAGAGAGAGAGAGAGAGAGAGAGAGAGAGAGAGAGAGAGAGAGAGAGAGAGAGAGAGAGAGAGAGAGAGAGAGAGAGAGAGAGAGAGAGA